AUGGGUUCCCUCAUUGCAACCUCCCUUUUCACGAUUGACGGGAAGAAGGACAGAAACGUGAACUCAACAUCAAAUCUAAUAUAUGAAAAAGAUACACAUGUACCGUCGGGACAGAAGCAAAGUAUUGAAGGUGUACCGACAAAUAAAAAUACGUACGAGUACAAGGAUACAGAUCAAUACUAUCGAUACCUUGAUCUCAAUAUUGACACUGAUAUUGAUUUGGAUUUGGAGAGGUGGAAUUGUUGUGCGAGGAUGAAUUCAAUUAUGGAUAAUCCCCAGGAGAUUAGGCGUGUUAGUGAGAGUGAUAUUGAUAUUCAACAACGUGAAGCCAUUGAAGCUUGGGAAAGGGAAGAAGACAGUGAUGUUGAAAGUCAUGGUAGCACUGAAGACGAAAAUUAUCAAAUUGACUCAUUGUCCCACGAUCCUAGCCAACGAACCAGUUCUGAAGAUGACCUCGAUCCCUCAUCGCCCCAACUUCUUCACCACCUCGAAAACGAUUCCUCGAUCCUCACUCUUGCUGUAGGUUCAAAAUAUAUUUAUGCCGGCACUCAAGAUGGAGAAAUAGUUGUUUGGUCUCUCACAUCCUACGAGCUUGUUUCGCGCAUCCAAGCACACACCCGCAGUGUACUCUCCCUAUUCCUAUCUGCAGAUGGCAAACUUUUGUUCUCAUCCGCUGGUGAUGCCAUUGUCAAUGCAUGGUGUCCUACUACUUUAGUCCGCAAGUACCAUAUUUACAGUACCUACGAUGUCGGCGACGUAUUUUCUGUAGCCUAUUCCCCGCAAUUCGAAACGGUGUAUUUGGGCGCUCAAAACACGAGUAUACAAUGGGUUAGUCUGAGGGAUUCCGCGACGAGACCUACACCAAAUCCAGAACGUCACCCAGAUAGGAGGAACCAUCGAUUUUUCGAUAGUGUGCAACAUGGAGGGACAAGCACACCAAGACCGAGGCCGGCUGGAAGAGCCGCUGCGGACCAGGGAGAUAUGUUGGAGAUUGACAAGGCCCAUAUGAAACAAUACGCUCACUUUGGAUAUGUCUAUUGCAUGCUCAUGGUUCGAGGAGUCUCCAGGCAGGUUGAUACGGAUGAGGAUAUGCUAAUUUCAGGCGGAGGGGACGGUACAAUUAAGUUGUGGAGAUUGAGCAAGGAUGAAGACGAGGGGAUCGAGGAGAUUGAAAAACUAGGUGAAGACGAUGCGGAAAGCGUUUUGAGUUUGGCGGUGGACGGAAGUUUUCUCUAUAGUAGCAAAUUGGAGGGAGUGAUUGAGUUGUGGGAUUUGGAUACGAGACAGAAGUUGAGAGUUAUCAGAGCAAAUAGAGGGGAUGUUAUGACUCUGCAGAUGGGGUGGGGAUAUCUCUGGAGUGGUGGAAGUACCGGGCAUGCUAGAAAAUACAGCACGGUACAAUACGGUCAAUACAAAACUUCCUCAAAUUUCAGUCAAAAAUAUCAGUGUGUCAAACGAUGGAAAGCUCACGGAGGUAGAAUUUUGGCUUCCGCAGUUGCUACCCAUCAUGGUCAACAACUUUACAUAACUGGUGCGAACGAUUGUUCAGUUUCGAUAUGGGAUGUUACUGGAUGUGACACGGGCACAUAUCCAAAACGCGAGUCACUUCAAGAUGACCAACUUAUCAAAUCGCUGCAAGAUUUUGUGGCUUUCAAGACGAUUUCCGCACGUCCUGAUCAUGCCGAGGAUUGUCGACGAGGUGCUACCUUUUUGAGAACAUUGUUUAAAAAACAUGGAGCUGUUACUGAGAUGUUAACAACUGAAGCUCAUCAUAACCCAAUUGUUUACGCCAAGUUCAAGGGAAAUCCGGAGACUGCUGCAAAGAGGAAGAAGAUCUUGUUUUAUGGACACUAUGAUGUUGUUCCCGCGGAUGACAAGCAGAAGAAAUGGAUUAUCGAUCCUUUCCAAAUGAAGGGGGUAAAUGGGUACCUCUAUGGAAGAGGUGUAAGUGACAAUAAAGGUCCAAUUAUGGCUGCUCUUUAUGGAGUUGUUGAUUUGGUUCACGAGAAGGCUUUAGAUUCUGAUGUUACAUUUUUGAUUGAGGGAGAAGAAGAGAGUGGAUCAAGAGGUUUUAAGGAUGCUGUGAGAAAGUAUAAGGAAUUGAUUGGGGAUAUUGAUUAUAUCAUUCUUGCCAAUAGUUAUUGGCUCGAUGACGAAGUUCCUUGCCUGACAUAUGGUCUCAGAGGUGUUCUUCAUGCUACUGUUAAAGUCAAUAGCAAGCAUCCCGAUGUCCAUAGUGGAGUUGAUGGAAGUUUCAUGAUGGAUGAACCACUUUUUGAUUUGACAGCUAUCCUCGCAAAGCUAAAGGGGCUGCAUAACAGGAUUCAAAUCCCUGGAUUUUAUGAUGAAAUUCUUCCACUCACACCAGCCGAAGAAGCUCGUUACGAUGAUAUUGUAUCGACCCUCCUCCGUCGUAAUCCAGAACUCGGACCGGCCACUACUCUGAAACAAUCUAUUAUGGCUAGAUGGAGAGAACCAAAUCUGACUGUUCAUCGCUAUAAAGUUUCUGGGCCAGAUGGUUCUCUGGUUUCGUCCCACGCGAGCGCAGCUAUCUCCCUCCGUUUGGUUCCCAAUCAGGAAGUCGACGAUGUUAUUAAAUCCUUGACAAAAUUUCUUCAAGAUGCUUUCGCAAAGCUCGAUACACAUAACAAUCUCACGAUUACAAUUGACAACCAAGCAGAUGCUUGGCUCGGUGAUCCCGAAAAUGAGAUUUUUAGGACGUUGGAAGAGGCUAUCAUGGAGGUUUGGGGACCGAUUACGGACCAUACGAGAAGGAGUAGUGUACAAGGUCCCAAAUAUGUUGAGAAGGAGAAGGAAAACUUACCCGCGAGCCCCGUCAGCGCAUCGCCAAGUCUCAAACCCACACCUGCGACAACUACGCGUUUAACUGGUGGAAGCGAUCAUACGAGUUUAGCGGCCGCACCGGUAGAUCUUGCAUCCUUAACGCUAGACGCGGAAGAUGUUUCCAACAGCUGCAACGAGAAAGAAAAUGAAGGGUACGGAGAUGAAGGCGGUAAGGUAGUUAGUAAAAGUAAAGAAGGAAAAGGAUUGGGUGGUGGAAAUGUGAGAGGCAUGGGGAGGAAGCCGCUCUAUAUCAGAGAAGGAGGUUCGAUCCCAAGUAUUCGAUUCUUGGAAAAGGAGUUUGGAGCGCCAGCGGCGCAUUUACCGUGUGGACAAGCGAGUGAUAGUGCGCAUUUAGGUAAGUCUUUUCCUCAACUUGACCAGCUGGCAAGGAUUUGA